GUGAGUUUUCAAACAAGAAGCAUGAGAAACGUGCAGCAAACGCAGCAUAUGAGUCUCGAUGUCACCUUUGUAUUGCUUCUCUUCUUGUUUAGUAAGAACCAGUGUUGUGCUCCGUCACCAUCUUGCUCGACGGAUGCAGCGGUGGUCAAACUGCGGCUGCUGUACUCCACCAUCAUUUCUCACUGAGUGGAAAGUUUCACAUGCAGUCUCUUCAUAACCACACGCCCUCCUACUUUAACCCCACUGACACCUUGUCACUCCUCCUAUCCAUUUUGAACCCUGAUGCCCCCCAGACUCUGUGUUAGUUUUCAUCAUCAUCAUCACCUCCAGAGGAACAUCUGGUCAUCAUGAAGGCCGAACGCGUCUUCCUGCUCUGCAUCCUGGGAGCCGCUCUGCUGUCCACUGUCCUCUGCACCAAUGGAAUUGGACCCGACGACUGCUGCUUCAAAUUCUAUCCACGACAGAUGAGGAAAUCUGCCAUCCGCUCGUACUACUUCACUGAUUACCGCUGUCCCAAGGCUGCAGUCAUUUUGGUCACAGGACAGAAGGGUCGUCACAUCUGCGUGGAUCCAAGUCUCCUGUGGGUUGAAAACAUGAUGAGGCAUCUGGAUGAGAAGGACUUGAAGUGAACCUCUUGCUCAUCCUUUCGCGUUUCUUUGCUUUGUUUUCAUCCAUCAUAAAAGCUGGAGAACAUUGGUGGCAUAUAUUUUGAUAUACCUGCUCAAAGCUUUUUGAGUCAUUUAUCUGACUGUUUCAGUGGUUUUGUUAUCUUGACUGGUUAACCUCACUGGAAGCCGGUUUUGAUUUUAUCUUGUUUUCUGAUGUUUUCUAAAGUGAUCUGCUGUACCUGUUGAUUUAAUCUAAAAUAAAAAAAAAUACAUUCA